UAGGGUAUGCUAGACGAAAAGUAUAGAUGGAUUGCAGAAAGUUUUCGAGACUUUAUGGCUGGGGUGAUUGGAGGCAUUACAGCUGUUUAUUCUACUCAACCCCUUGAUACGACUAAAGUUAAAAUGCAGACAUUUCCUAAUGAAUAUCGUUCUGUAAUAGUAACAUUAUCGAAAACUUUCAAGCAAGAGGGCAUCAGAGGUCUGUAUGCUGGUUCCAUUCCUGCUGUUCUUGCCAAUGUUGGUGAAAGUGCGACAGCAUUCUUGGCUUAUGGAAGGAUCAGUUCUAUAGCUCAAUAUAUGACUGGCAGUAAAAGCCAUCAAGAGUUAUCCUUGUUGAGUCAAGCUUUCUGUGGGGCUGGCUCUGGAGCAUGCGCUUCAUUUGUCCUUACACCCACUGAACUGGUUAAAUGCAGACUACAGACUCAGUAUAUCACUGGAAAAGCUGCAAAAGGUGUACCCACCAAACCAUUUGCCAUGUUCAUGCACAUUGCUACUAAAGAGGGACCUCUUAAACUUAUGAGAGGGUGGACGCCAACAUUAUUGAGAGAAACGUGGGGCUAUUUUUAUUUCUUUGGUGGCUAUGAAGCAGCAAAAAAAGUUCUAAUGAAAGAUCCUGAUGAAAUUUCUUUAUGGAAAACUGCUGUGUCAGGCGGUGUUGGUGGAACAAUGUGUUGGGGAUUUGCUUACCCAAUAGAUGUUGUCAAGUCUCAGGUUCAGGUGGGGUCUCUUUCUCCUUUAAAUGCAAUGAAGAACAUUUACAGCGAAUUUGGUUAUAAGGGAUUUUUCAGAGGAAUAACUCCUUGUUUAAUGAGGGCUUUUCCUGGUUGUGGAGCCUUGUUCGUAGCAGUGGAUUACACUAAACUAGCCUUUGACAAGGUAGCCUUUAAGCCUUACUAAACUAAAUAUUCAUGAAUUUAAUUUGAAAUCGAGAAUAUCAACUUUUACUCUUGUAAUGAGCUUAUUGGCGUGCUGUACAAAAUGAAAUCAAAAUGUAUAUUUACUCGAAUUUCUAAGUUCCUUCUGCUCCUCAUUUCAGACGAACAGAUGCUGCAUUUAUGUUUUGCGGACCAAAAAUUUGGAAUGAACUACCCUACUCAGUGAGAUCAUUAUCAUCUGUAGAAUGUUUUAAAAAUGCCCUAAAGACAUUUUAUUUCCACCUAGCUUUUGAUAAUAUUCCUAAUAUUUGUCCAUAAUGUCUGAGCUGAUAUGAAAGUGCAUAAUUUUGGUAACUUCAUACAAAUAUUUAAGUCCUUAAAAUCUGAACUGAUACAAAAGUCCAUAAUCUUGAUAUUUCUUCACUAAGUCUCGCUUGAAUGACUUAAACCUACAUCUUUGUUGGGUAUAUUUUAAUGUCGAAGCGUGUAAUACUAAUAAAUGUUAGAAUUUAUUUAAUUUUCUAAGUAAUUUUGCGAAUUCAUGCAUUUAUGCUUAAAAUCAUGAAAAUGUCAAAAUGGAUAUUGUAAUGGAGCAUAUAUCCUGUGAAGUUAGAAUUUAAUAUAAGUAAUUAUUAUAGGGUACUACUAGUAAUAGUAGUACCUAUGUAGAUUGUAGGCCCUACUAAUGCUAAUAGUAGUAUAGUAGUAGUACCUAUGUAGACCCUACUAAUAAUAGUAGUAGUACCUAUGUAGUAGUAGUAGUACCUAUGUAGACCCUACUAAUGCUAAACUUUGGAUAUGAUUAUAUAUCCAUAGUAGAUAGAUGUAUGAAUAUUAUUAAGUUGUAUGAUAUAGCUGGACGUGGAGGUAAUUUAUAAUUCUGCUUUUAUUUUAUAAAUUAAUUGGUUUUUGAUAGGUUUAAGUUAUUAAUAGGUUUAAGUUAUUAAUAGGUUUAAGUUAUUAAUAGGUUUAAGUUAUUAAUAGGUUUAAGUUAUUAAUACAGCUUGAUCUAUGAUUUUACCAUGGUCA